GGCCAUGGCCAGGCGGCUGCAAGCCCGAAGGCUGGACGGGAUUGACAAGAACCCUUGGGUGGAGUUUAUCAAACUGGCCAGUGAAAAUGAGUGUGUAAACCUGGGCCAGGGCUUCCCCGACUUUGCACCCCCAGACUUCGCCAUGAAAGCCUUUCAGCACGCCGUCAGCAGUGACAUCAUGCUCAACCAGUACACCAAGGGAUUUGGACACCCACCACUGACAAAGGUCCUGGCAAGCUUCUUUGGGAAGCUGCUGGGGCAGGAAAUGGACCCCCUCAAGAAUGUGCUGGUGACUGUGGGUGCUUAUGGAGCCCUGUUCACAGCUUUCCAAGCCUUGGUGGACGAAGGAGAUGAGGUCAUCAUCAUUGAACCCUUUUUUGACUGUUAUGAGCCCAUGACAUUGAUGGCCGGAGGUCACCCUGUAUUUAUGCCCCUGAAGUUGAGCCCCUCCAAUAAUGGGGAACUGGAUUCCAGCAGCAACUGGCACCUGGACCCUACAGAGUUGGCCAGCAAAUUUACAUCUCGCACCAAAGUCUUGAUCCUCAACACACCCAACAACCCUCUGGGAAAGGUCUUCUCCAAGGCAGAACUGGAGUUGGUGGCCAGCUUGUGCCAGCAGCAUGACGUGGUGUGCAUCAGUGAUGAGGUCUACCAGUGGCUGGUCUUUGACGGGAACCAGCACAUAAGCAUCGCCAGUCUUCCUGGCAUGUGGGAACGCACCCUGACCAUCGGCAGUGCUGGCAAGACGUUUAGUGCCACCGGCUGGAAGGUGGGCUGGGCCCUCGGCCCAGAUCAUCUCAUGAAGCACCUGAAGACUGUGCACCAGAACUCGGUGUUUCACUGUCCCACACAGACCCAGGCUGCAGUGGCCUGGAGCUUUGAGCGGGAGCAGCAGCACUUCGGCGAGCCCAGCAGCUAUUUUGUCCAGCUCCCAGAGGCCACCCAGCACAAAAGGGACCACAUGAUACGCAGCCUACAGUCGGUGGGGCUGCGGCCCAUCAUCUCCCAGGGUAGCUACUUCCUUGUCACAGACAUCUCAGACUUCAAGAGCAAGAUGCCAGACUUGCCUGGUGCUGAAGAUGAGGCCUAUGACAGUCGCUUCAUCAAGUGGAUGAUCAAGAACAAGGGUUUGAUGGCCAUGCCAGUCUCCGUCUUCUACAGUGUACCACAUCAGAAGCUCUUUGACCACUACAUCCGCUUCUGCUUUGUAAAGGAUGAAGCCACACUCCAGGCCAUGGAUGAGAAGCUGCAAAAAUGGAAAGCUGAACUCACACCCUGA